UGGGGUCUGAGAAAAAGGAAAAUGGCGCUUUAAACCCCAAAAAGCAAGGAUUGGUAAAACCCUAGAAAGCCACAGAAAUCAAAGUCAGUGUCUUCUGUGUGGACUACGAGAGCUCUUCCUAGCUCUUGCAUGUUUUGCAGUAGAUAGAAGAAAGGAAAGAGUGGUAUCGAUCACAUACUUGGCUUCAACAUCAGAAUCGAGAAAAGGAAGAAGCCUGAGUCAGCGAGCAAAAUGGUGGCAGGGCUUAGAGAGUUCACUGCAAGAGUUGAAAGAAAUGGUGUUGACGAACCAGUUCUGGAUGCAGAGAAUGGUGAGGAGCUGAUGCACGUUCAGCCUUGUGUUUCUAUCGUCCUUGGUAAUCGCCCUCCUGAGUCCCCUGGCACUCUCUACAUCUCCACCAAGAAAGUGGUCUGGUUGAGUGAUGUUGACAGGGCGAAAGGUUAUGCUGUGGACUUCUUGUCUAUAUCACUGCAUGCUGUAUCCAGGGACCCAGAGGCCUACACCUCUCCUUGUAUAUACACUCAGAUUGAAACUGAGGAUGACGAGCAUGAGUCCGAUGGCUCAGAUUCAGAAUGCAAUGGUGUCUUAGAUUUGUCCAAGAUCACAGAAAUGAGGCUUGUUCCUUCAGAUCCUAACCAAUUGGAUUCUCUGUUUGAGGUAUUUUGCGAGUGUGCUGAGCUUAAUCCUGAACCGAUUGAAGAAGAGGAAGAAGAGCAUAAUUGGAUUUUUAGUGCUGAUCAGUUGGAAGAUGACGCAACAGGGGAAGAUUCUGAGUGGCAUGUUUCUGAAAAUCCUUCAAUUGGUCAAUCUAAUGGGGAUCAUGACCUAGCUCGUACCGUGCUUGAGCUUCAAAUCAAUGAUCAACGCUUUGAGGAUGCUGAAGAAAUGGAGCAUGAAAAUGAUGGUGGCCGCCAUUGAAAUUCUUUCUCCUUUCAAUGUUUCAUCUCUUUCAAGUGUUGCGUUUUAACCCAUGACCCUUUCUUGUUACUGUAUAUGUGAACAAAUUGUCCAUUAGUCAUUAGUCUCAGGACACAAGGAUUGGUAACUUUGUGAGGAAUACCUUUAGGCCUUUCUUUCUAUUUAUUGGUUUACUGCUAUCUUUUAUGGAAAGAUCAAGGAUUCUUUUGGUAAAAAUUUUGUGCUUUGUUCACUGUUUUUCAAACAAAAUAAGAAAAUAUCAUAAAAAAGAGAA